GGGCUUCCAGGUCUCUUCUGACGGAGGAGACCUCAGGGUAGACACUGCGCCCGCGGGGGGGGGGCUUCGCGGUUGUAGGAAAACCGUCCCAUUUCCAGACAGCGGGCACGGGUGGAUGGUGGCUGAGGACAGACGGGGGAGGAAGACAAAGCGAGAGGCUGGGAUCCCCUCCGGAGAAAGCUCGCCAGCGCCUUUACUCCCCACCCCGCGAGGAGAGGGUGUGGUGUUUUGGGCGGGAGGGCGAAGGCGUGCUCGGCUCGGCCUUCCCCGGCCUGAUAAAAGGGCAGCCCAGCUAUCGAGGGCACGAACCCGCCAAGAUGGUGCUCAGCGAUGACGACAAGGCCAAAGUGCGGGCCGCCUGGGUCUCUGUGGCCAAGAAUGCCGAAAUGUAUGGGAGUGAGACCCUUACCAGACUGUUCAUAGCGUACCCAACCACCAAGACCUACUUCCCCCACUUCGACCUGAGCCCGGGCUCCAGCGAUCUCAAGACUCACGGCAAGAAGGUGAUCAACGCGCUCACCGAAGCUGUCAACAACCUGGACGAUGUGCCGGGAGCCCUUUCCGAGCUCAGCGACUUGCACGCCCAUAAACUUCGUGUGGAUCCCGUCAACUUUAAGCUGCUGGGCCACUGCCUCGAGGUAACCAUGGCCGUUCACAACGGAGGGCCUCUCAAACCCUCAGUGAUUUUGGCCCUUGACAAGUUCUUGGACCAAGUCGCCAAGGUGCUGGUUUCCAGGUACCGCUAGAAAGAGAGUGCACACCCUGCCUGUGCUCGGAAAUAAUGACCCUCUUCCUCUCCGGUCUCUCUCCUACUUCACCUUGUCAACAUCUCUUGCCUGCACCUCUUCUGCUCUGCGGGGUUCACUUGUGGAACUCUACUUUGGGUAUCUGCUGGAGCCUGAAUUGCUAGUUGCCCCGUAGCUGAAUUGACCAAGCCAAGGUUGGAGCUCUCUGCAGUGGGACUGAGCAACUGAAGAACUUUGGUGGGGGCUCCUAAAUGUGUGGAUAAUUUUCAACCACCCUAAUGUCAUCCACCACCAUUAAUUUCUGACCUGGUUCUACUUCCACUGUUGUGCCAAUUAUCGAUUCCAUUGCUUUCUCUCCCUUGUUGAAUCUUCAUUAUUACAACAAAUAAUAAAAGCACAGGAAAAGAGGUGCAA